UAGGAGUCAGUCAUUUCUGUUAUAUUGUCAAUUAUUGCAUUUACCAGAUAAAAGUUUAAUAAUUGUUAUGUUAUUGGCUAUCGAGGCAACCUGGAAAACAUUAUUAUUCGAGUAAAUGGAGGAUCAGGGCCAGAAAAGCAUAUAAGUUUAAUGUGACACAAUCUGGAGGAGCAUUGAAUACCCCAUACCCCUGGGAGCACAAGAGCAGCCGCACCAGCUCCAAUCGUUCUAGAAGUAAACACCGUUAGGUAUCGAAGUGGAAAUUAUGGAGGAAACCCAACAAGCAGAGCAGAAAGAGCCUUCAGAAUCUGAUGUCAAGCUGAAAAAACCACCCGCUUCUACUGACGGAUUGCGCAAUGACCAGCUUCUUGUCUGUAAAACUCCUACGCAAGAUAUUGAAAACGAAGAAAUAGAGCCACAAAGAAAAGGAAGCAAAAGGAAACGGUCUACCAUCGAAGAAUAUGACUUGGUUACGUUCGUGGGUGAGAUUGGUGAAAAAUCUGAGGAAGCGAAUUUACUUGAAGUGAACCUCGGCAAUUUUGAAGUAAAAUUCGUCUCCAAUGACGACAUGCCAGCGCCCCCAGUACUUCCAGGAGUCAAUAUUCCUGAAACCAAAGAGUUGUCUGAUGAGAAGCCACUUGGACCGAAACCUGAAGAUAUUGAAGAAUUAUCUGAAAAUGAGCGUUCUGUCGGUGGGGACAAAGAAAUAGAGCGACAGGGAAAGGAGAGUAGGCAGAUACUUUUUACUAGUGAAGAUCAGAACAUAAAGGAUGAAGAAAAUCUCUGCAAUUUUAAAGUAGAAAACGGCUCCGGCAACAAACUGCCAGCGUCCCCAGUAAUUAAAAUUCCUGAAAUCAAAGAGGUGUCCGAUGAAGAGCUACCAGAACCCAAACAUGCCAAACUACGUGCCGAUGAGCUUCCAGUAUCUGACAAUCCUGACAAGAAUGGUAAAAACGAAGAAAUGAAGUCGCAGAGAGAAAAUGCACUUUUUUCUAAUGAAGAAUAUGAGACAAAGAAAGAAGUGAAAAACCUCUCUGAUCAAAAUCUCCCAGUACACAUUCUUCCCGAAACUGAAGAGGUGUCUGAUGGAGAGCUACCAGAACCGAAACGUGCCGAAUUACCAGCCGAUACUGAAGUAGUGUCUGAAGACGAGCUUCCAAGCCCUAAACAUUCUGAACAGGAUGUUGCGGACGAAGAAAUCAUGUCGCUGAAAAAGGGGAGUAAACGGAAACUUUCUACUGAUGGAGAUUAUAAGAUAAAGAAAGAAGGUGAUGGUCGGAGAAUAAAACAAAAAAUAUUACCUAAAUCGGAUAGAUAUUGGAAAGCAGUCAAUAAGGAUCCCAGGGAUUUUACUGCCUGGUCUUAUCUGUUGCAAUUCGUAGAUUAUGAUAACGACGAUAAAGGAGCAAGGGAAGCCUAUGAAGCCUUUCUAUCUCUCUAUCCAUACUGCUUUGGCUAUUGGCGCCGAUACGCUGACUACGAAAAAAACAACGGCAACAAAAAAGAGUGCGAAGAGGUAUUAGAACGCGGCCUUAAAGCUAUUCCGCUUUCUGUGGAUUUAUGGAUUCACUAUUUGUCUUACGUCAAGAACUCCAGAGAAAAGGAUGAAGAAUAUUUGAGAUUACAAUUUGAGAGAGCGCUUACUGCCUGUAGUCUAGAUUUCCGUUCUGACUCCUUAUGGGAACUAUACAUUAAAUGGGAAUUUGAAGAAAAACGCUUCCAAAAAGUCACUGCCAUCUUCGACAGACUACUAGCUACGCCAACUCUAGGCUACACCUCGCAUUUCGACAACUUCCAAGAGUACGUGGCUUCGAACGCGCCUAACCAAAUUUUGGACGAGAACGAGAUUAUGGAUAUGCGCACAGAGGUACGCAUCAUCUUAAAAAUUAGAGAGAACCUAGUGGAUAAUGCAGAUAUACCACCUGGCGACGAAGACGCGAAAUUCUACACGAAUGAAAAAGAAUCGAAAGCUCUAAAAGAACAUAUUGUAUCCACUCGAAGGAAGGCGUUUGUCACUACCGUUAACGCUGUUAAAGCUCGUUGGGAGUUCGAGCAAGGGAUCAAACGACCUUAUUUCCAUAUCAAACCACUUGAACGAUGUCAAUUGAAGAACUGGGAAGAUUAUUUGGACUACGAAAUUCAGCAAGGAGACACACAACGAAUAAUCGUUUUAUUCGAAAGAUGUUUGAUCGCAUGCGCACUUUAUGAAGGCUUCUGGCUGAAAUACAUAAGUUUUUUGGAAAAAUUACCAGACGCUGACGUGCAAAAACGCAUUCGUGACGUAUACGAGAGGUCCUGCACGAUAUAUCACCAGAAAAAUCCGAAUUUGCAUUUGGCGUGGGCUAAUUUUGAGGAGGCCUGUGCCGAUUUUACCCGCGCAGCUGAAAUAUUGCUUAAAAUUGAUUCCCAAGUGCCCGACUUAUUGCGUGUUGCUUAUGCGAGAAUAAAUCUGGAAAGGAGACGAGGCAAUUUUGAUAAAUGCGCUGAGUUUUUUGAGCAUUAUAUUUCGAAUUCUGAAAAUAAAUUUAUUUCCAGUAAUAUUUCGGUUAGAUACUCUCGGUUUUGCUUGAUAUUGCUCGAGGAUGUUGUAAAAGCUCAAGAUGUAUUGAAAGCAGCUAUCACAAAAGAUCCAGACAACCCGCGCCUUUAUCUGAUGCUUGUUGAUUUUAUUUUGCAAAAGAAAGAAUUCCGCGAAGAGGAAGUUUUGAACAUCUUUGAUCAGUUUUUGGAUAGAGAGUGCGUCGAUCUUUGCCAAAAGACCCUUUUUGCCCGAAGGAAACUUGAGUUUAUUGAAGAUUUCAGUGCCAACGUGAAAUUAGUAGAAGUCGCAAGGAAGCAAUAUAAAAAAUUUCAAAAAUUAACGAAUCAAACUUCAACUGAAAAAGAGUUGAAUAGCAAGAUAGAGAAAAAGGAAAGCCAAUCUAAUUUACAGUGGCAACCGUACACUGACAAUAAUUAUGGAAAUCUCCCCUUGAACAGUCAGCCUCCCUAUCAUAUUUAUGGAUUGCAGCAGGGAGAAUAUAUUGAUUCACAAUAUGGACAAGGUAACCAGUACCAAUAUCAAAACCAAAACUGGCAGCCUCUCCAGGACAAUUACGCCGGUUACCAUCAAUGGACCAGCUAUUAAGUUAUGUUCGUGUUUAAUUGAUUGUUGGCUAUUUUUAGAUAAUAAGUGACUGUUCUUAUUAAAGGCAGAAAACUAUUUGUUUCGCCUCUUAUCCCAUGCGAGUUGGGCAUUUUUGCUUUUAUUUAUAUAGUUAUGCGGAUUUAUAUUUGACAGUUUUUGUCGGAUCGCAAUUGAAUCAUCAUAUCAAGUAAUAUCUAAUAAUGUAGGAUUUCAGUCAUUAGGUAUUUUUACUAUUGAUUAUAUUAUAAACAUUGUAAAAUAAUAUACUUAUAAAUAUUGUGAACCAAUAAAGAUGCUUUGUAAGUUAA